AUGGACAAGGCAGACAGCUCAAAACAAGUUUCAAAAUGGGAAACUCUGGACAGGGACAUACUUUCCGUUAUCUUCCGCAAGCUAAACGUAGAGGACCUUACCAUGGGAGCGUCACGCGUCUGCAUCUCCUGGUUCCUUGCCUCCCACAAUAAAAGUCUAUGGAAGACUAUCGACCUUGAGAAGUUCCAAGAAGUAGAUAAAAGACUUAAAACACUGCUAUCUAGGAUUGUUUUUACAGAAAACUUCAAGCAGUCUUUCAUUAAUGAAACAAGCAGAAGUCUCAGGAAUAUCACCAAGUUUAGCCGGAGUGUCCCGGAGAAUUUGUUCUUUGGCUGCUGUUCCUCUUUAGAUGACGAAUGUCUCAUGCUCGCUGCUGCAAGCAUGCCAAACAUAGAGAAACUUGCUUUACCGCGCUGGUGCUACCUAUCCAAGGUGGGAGAGCGCUGUAGUAACCUCACAAACUUUAAAUAUGUGGGUUGUUUGGGAAAAGAGACUGCUGAGAAAAUCGUGAGUUACCUCAAGAACAUCGAGAGGUUGAGUUUGCAAUACGCUUAUAUCAGCAGACCAGGAGUUUUAAGGCUAAUUACAGGCCUCCAAGACCUCGUGAUCCUUAAUAUUUCACAUUGUAGAGAGUUCGAUGACGAGACGGUAACUAUGGAAAAUAUUGUACAAGCCGCCAAUCAGAAGCAUGUCCAAUUUAUACGUUGUUCAAACAAUUGUACCGGUUGCAAAGAUAAGAGAUGGUUUGAAGGGUUCCGCUCGUAUGGUUCUGAGAGUUGGAGAAAUGAUGAGAUAAAGGAACUUGAGCUCUGA